AUGGCCAACAAGCUGGCCACCUUCGGCAAAAUGCUGCUGCGUCGUCGGGCAUUAGACUGCUCUGAUGAAGAGACCAGAUUCGCCCGCUGCCUGUCCACCCUGGACCUCAUUGCCUUGGGGGUGGGCGCCACACUCGGUGCCGGUGUCUACGUCCUCGCUGGCGAGGUUGCCCGAGAAAAGGCAGGACCCGCCAUUGUCCUCUGCUUCCUCAUCGCCGCUCUGUCCUCCAUGUUGGCCGGCCUGUGCUACGCUGAAUUUGGCGCCCGUGUCCCCAAAACAGGCUCUGCAUACCUUUACAGCUACGUGACAGUUGGAGAAAUCUGGGCCUUCAUCACAGGGUGGAACCUCAUCCUCUCCUAUGUGAUAGGUACGGCCAGUGUGGCGAGGGCCUGGAGCUCAACAUUUGACAGCUUGGUUGAACAAAAGAUCUCUGGCUUCUUUAAAGCCUCCAUGACGAUGAAGGUGCCAGGGAAUGUGCUGGCAGAGUACCCGGACCUGUUCGCUCUCAUCCUGGUCCUGCUGCUCUCUGGACUUCUGGCCUUUGGUGUGAACGAGUCGGCGCUGGUGAAUAAGAUCUUCACAGGCAUCAAUCUGGUGGUUCUGGGCUUCAUUAUCAUCUCUGGCUUCGUUAAGGGGGACUCUGCCAACUGGAACCUGACGGAGGAAGACUACAUCAGCUACAUCAACAGCACCAACAACACUAAGACUCUGAAAAUUGCGGAGGAUUUUGGCGCGGGGGGCUUCGCUCCGUUUGGCCUGACCGGAGUCCUGUCUGGUGCUGCCACCUGCUUCUACGCCUUUGUGGGCUUUGACUGCAUCGCCACAACAAGCGAAGAAGCAAAGAACCCCAUGCGCUCCAUACCUGUCGGCAUCGUCGCCUCGCUGCUGAUCUGUUUCUUCGCCUACUUCGGCGUGUCUGCCGCUCUAACCCUCAUGAUGCCGUACUACCAGCUGGACUCCCAGAGUCCUCUGCCUGAGGCCUUCAGCUACGUCGGCUGGGGGCCUGCCAGAUACAUCGUGGCCGUGGGCUCCCUCUGCGCUCUGUCCACCAGUCUCCUAGGCUCUAUGUUCCCCAUGCCCCGUGUUAUCUACGCCAUGGCAGAGGAUGGGCUGCUGUUCCGUGUUCUGUCCAGGAUCAACACUCGCACAAAGACCCCUCUGCUGGCGACCAUCGCUUCUGGCGUUGUUGCAGCCCUGAUGGCCUUCCUGUUCGACCUGGCAGCCCUGGUUGACCUAAUGUCCAUAGGCACGCUGCUGGCAUACUCUUUAGUGGCCAUCUGUGUCCUCAUCCUCAGGUACCAGCCAGGCAGACUGAGUUCAUCCAGCCAGACGGAGAAGCUGGUGGAGCUGGUGGAAGGGGAGAAAGUGGCCGUGAGUGGAGGGGACAGCGGUGACGAGUAUGGCAUGGAGACGGAGGAGAAGCCGAUUCGCGAGGCUUUCACCAUCAAGCUGCUCUUCUGCCCAAGUGGAAAGAUUCCAACGCAGACCUCUGGGAACAUCGUCUACGCCACCACUGCUAUUAUUUCGGGUUUUAUCGUCAUACUGUGCGUUAUCCUGGCAAACUGUCUCAAAGAGCUGCUGGCAGGGCAUGCAGCCGUCGUGCUGGCCUGUGUCAUCUUAACUCUGCUCUGUGGCGUCUGUGUCGUCAUCAUCUGGAGGCAGCCUGAGAGCAAAGAGGCUCUCACGUUCAAGGUCCCUCUGCUUCCCUGGUUGCCUCUGUUCAGUGUUUUCGUCAACAUCUACCUCAUGAUGCAGCUGGACUGGGGUACAUGGUGUCGCUUCGCUGUCUGGAUGCUUAUCGGUUUCGCCAUCUACUUCUUCUAUGGCAUUAAGAACAGCAGUGAAGCUGCCAAAAGAAGGGCGUCCCCGCGCAAAUACGAGCCCUCGCUGCAGACCAAGAGCCCGAUUUACAAGGCCGCUCCCGGCGACAGCGACGCGGAAGCAGGCGGAAGCCCCUGAUGCUCACCGACGUAGACCUGGGGAGUGUUGCCAGAGCAAGUACACACAUUUCGGCAGUCUGGUUGAACUGGCAGCCGAAUGCUGCAAUGUAGGGGGCCUGGAGCGUAACCCUGGGUUUAAAGGAAGAGGCAAGGAAACGCCACACACACACACACACACCAUCUUACCUCUGACCUGGAGGCUGAUUCAAUUUGAUGGUGACACUGUGACAGAGCCACUUUCUGGCCCGUGUGUCUGUUUCAAUCUGUCUAUUCGUACUUAGCCUUAGCCCUAUGGGAGAUAUUUACCCGCCUAUAACACAUGCUUUGAAUGGACCUAACUAACAAAGAGUACUGCGGCGCUCCUCGUGAAUUUCAGUUAUUCGAAGCCUUUAACUGGAAGAAUGUUGCAUUUUAACUGUUUUUCGUCUUUGCUUCCUCGCCGUUAGUGGCGCGCUGUGGCUGCGUGUGGAGCCACCGGGCCACUAGGGGAGAGUAAUAACUGCUAUCACUAAAUACUAUGAGUUAAGACCAUGAAGUCACUUGGAUCAGUGAGUUAGACCACCACGAAGGCACAGAGCCUUCACUAGAGUCAAUGUGUCUAGUUAAUUGGUCCUUGUUUAUUGCACCAGCGUUGUUGUUGUUUGUGUGUAAACAAGGCAGCACUGAGGCUGUGUGGUUUACAGUGUCAGUCAGGGCCUCUGUGCGGUUAGGUCAGUAGCACAUAGACGACGUUGACGUCACCUACACUGUACGAUUCAGUGUCUGAGUCUGAAGUACACACUUUACAGAUUGCCCCUUCCUGCUCCCAGAGAUCAGCCAUCCCGUAACUGAACACUGCACCCUUUUUAAAAUCCUAUGAAAUGAGUUGCUUAUCGUAAAGUAUCCCUGCUUGUUUUGCGUAUACACUGUGUUGAAAUGGUAUUUGCGGGCCUUUUGUGGCCUUUUGUUUCAACCUAAACCAGAUAACUAAAAUGUUUUUAAACAGCCAUAAAGUUGAAAAACUAAUUUUCGACCCUUUUUUUUAUUUUUUUAAAGCACCUUGAAAUCCAGAACGUAGCAGAAGUUCUAAUAUUUAAUCUCUGCUCUGCUUUCUGGUAUUUACUGUAGUGUAAACCCCAUCCAUCUGUUAUUACAAAGCAUACUUUCAUACACUUAUUUGCCAAUAUUUGGUUUAUUAUUAUUAUAUUUGUCUUCAAAACAACAUGGUCAUGUAAAUAUCUGUAUGAAUUUUAAAUGAUUCAUCGAGUUAAUUUGCUAAUUCCAGAUUUAAUGUACAUACUUGCACCUGUCAUAUUGUUUUUGCAGCGGUGUACCCAGAUAUUUCCACAGAUCUGGGGAGGUUGAUACCAUUUGCACUUAACAAGGUCAUUAAUCACAUUAAGCCAGGGGUGUCAAACUCAAUUUAGGUUCAGGGGCCACAUGCAGCCCAAUUUGAUCUCAAGUGGGCCGGACCAGUAACAUCACAGCAUAAUAACCUUUAAAUAACCACGACUCCAAAUCGUUCCCUUCGUUUUAGUGCAAAAAAGUACAUUCUGAAAAUGUAUAUUAUAUUGUAUUAUUAUAUUAUCAGUUUAUCAUUUACACAUGUGUGUUACAACUUACAGAUCCGUGUGUCUACAAACUAAUCUUUACACUUUGCAAAGUCAUCCUGCACGUUUGACACCCCUGCGUUAAGCAAUCUCUUUUCGUGACUACAAUCUGACUGAUCUGGGAGCUGGGGUUUCUGAACAAGGGGGUUUCAUCACCACUAAAAUAUCUUAUUCACCUUUUUGUUUCUACUUUCUUGUGAAAAGACUCAAAGGUUUUUGUUUAGUUUCAAUUGAAACUUGUUCUCUGCAGAUUUGUCUGUUUAUUUCCCAUCACUUAUAUUUGUAUUCAACUGUAUUUUGUUUUUGCUACUUUACUUACUUCUACUGAUAGAACUGUUAAUAUUCAAAUGUUUAUAGUAUUGUUUGUUUGGAAUAGCGUUCCUUUUUUUUCAUAUCGCUCAAUCAAUUAAAUCUGCUUUUUAGAUGUUAAUGUAUUUUAAUUGUUAAAUGUACAGUUUUUAGCGUGCUGAUCUUUUUUGAUUUCCCUUUUUAAAAAAAAAAAGUUUUUGUUGCAAAUGUCUUGCUUCACCUUUCUCACCAAAUUAAAAAUGUUUUUGGAAACUGCUUUCCAAAUCAAAUGACCUCUAAAAGAUGAUUUUUAUUUGUUACCCCCACCCCUCUGGAGUCUAUAACUUAUUGUUUGUAGUAUUUUUUUGUUGGUCUAGUAAAUUGCUUUACUGUAGAAUGUACAGUAUAUGUUUAAAACUGUAUCUUUAUAUUUGACCGUGAGUAUAAUUUGGUAAUAUCUUUUGUAAAUUACACUUUAAUGCAUUAAUUUGACACUGACUGCUGCUAAAAAUCCAAAUUAUACAAAUCCAAGUCCUGGUAGAUGCAAUGUUGAAGCAUUUCUGUAGAUACUGUCGCAAACAAUGUUCAGAACUUGACAUGUCAUCCAUAAAGUUUGUGGUGAAGAAGAGAGGUACAGUAAAUUUGGAUUCAGUCAAGUGUUUCUAGCGGGAAUAAAUAACCUGGUGCCUAAAUAACGAUCCUUCUGCCUGAGGAAGACACUGGGGCUGGUAAAACAAAGAGUCCAGCUGCAUCUCGGGGGCGAUUCAAAUAUUUGAUGACUUUCACUGGAGACCUGAACCCGGUCCUGCCGGAGAUGGUGAUAUCAUUAAAAGGUUACGUGGCUGUUACUCGUGUCACACAGAGCGCUUCAAGCUCAGCCCUUGUGCCUUUCAACAAUCAAUACAAUCCUCUCCCCUCCUCAAUGCUAUCAUUAACAGUAAUGAUCUAUUUGUUUUAUAUCUUGUACAUAUGGCUGUCAUGUAAAAAAAAAAAACGAGCUGUAUUUUCAAUGUUUUUUUGUUUUUUUUUAAUAAAAUUAAUUCAUGCUUAA